UUUCUACAAAAACAAAGGAAAGAAAUUAGGAAGGGCGGAGCGAGAAGAAGCUAGACACGAGAGGCGGGGCACGGUAGGCGGCUUCCCGAAGAAAUCUCCUCCUCCUCCUCCGGUCGCCGUUCGACUCCGAUCCCGACCAGUCGCCGCCGCCUCCCUCCUCAGCUUGGAUCAAGGAAACCACCCCUUCGAUUCAUUGAUUGAUCGAUUGAUUGAUUGGCUAGGCCUCUCCAACAAUUUUGGUUCCCGGACCGAGGUUAAUUCUUGAGCGCUAGGUGGGGGCGAGGCGUCGGAUCCAGCCAUGAUGGUGGUUGAUACGGUCAGCGCCAGCACCUCCCUCGUUGCCCACCACCUGUUCGACCAAAGGUCCAAGGCAAACCACCACCUCCGCCGGACUCUCCAUGUCGUCUCCUGCCGCCCCCUGCCCACUCACUUCGCCGGUCGCCGCCUUGUGGCCAGGGCGCCCAGGCAGCAUCAACCUCGCCUCGCGGACUGGACCGUCAAGGCGCUCGCCAUGGGGGUCACCAAGGAGGCCAGCCCUCACAGGGAGUACCGGGGGAUCCCGGGGGAAGGCGCUGACAUGGGCGAUAUUGGGAUCACCAAUCCCAAAACGACGUGGCCUCCACGGAACAGGGCCGAUGAUCCCAAGCUGCACAACCCGCUGCUCCGGCUUGAGCGCAUGGGCUGUGGUUGGCUCGGAGUGAUCUUUGAGUGGGAAGGCGUGAUUGUUGAGGAUGACGCUGAAUUGGAAAGGCAGGCAUGGUUUACCCUCGCGCAAGAAGAGGGCAAGUCUCCACCCCUGGCGUUUGUAUUGAAGAGGAUUGAAGGAAUGAAAAGCGAGCAAGCGAUAUCUGAGGUUCUCUGCUGGUCUCGGGACCCAUCUGAGUUAAGGAGAUUGUCCUCACGGAAAGAGGAGAUACGCUGCAACCUACGUGGAACUGCCUUUUAUCAAAUGAGGAAUGGUUCGAGGGAGUUUAUGAGCACGCUUGCCAACUAUAAGAUCCCUCUUGCCGUGGCCACCACGCGGCCAAGGAAGGUUAUCGAAGAAGCAAUUGACGCUGUUGGCGUGCGAAGCUUCUUUGAUGCAGUUGUGGCAGCAGAGGAUGUGUACCGGGGGAAGCCUGACCCUGAAAUGUUUCUCUAUGCAGCGCAGCUCCUGAGUUUCAUCCCUGAGAGGUGCAUCGUUUUUGGUAACUCCAAUUCAGCAGUGGAGGCUGCACAUGAUGCCAGAAUGAAGUGUGUGGCUGUUGCAAGCAAGCACCCGAUCUACGAGCUUAAUGCCGCGGACCUUGUGGUGAAGCAGCUUGAUGAGCUCUCUGUGGUUGACCUGAAGAACCUUGCUGACAUUGAGUCUCCAGAGUUUGGCAUGGAGCCUGAGCCAGAGAUGGAGGAGGAGGAGGACGAAGAUUCGUCCCCGUCAACUUCAGUUGGUGUAGAUGAUUUGUUCUGGUAAGGAAGCCAGAUUGUAAAUUUGAUUGAUUCCGCUCCUGCACAUGUGUACGAUUGUCAGUCAAUAGCAAUGAUCAGGAAGGGCCAUAUAUUCCUUCUAAUCAAUCCGUCCGUAGACUGUGAUAUGUAAAUGUUUCUUUAGAACUUACACUGUAUAUACACUGUACCUCACAGAUAAGGGGGAACUGUCUGAAUACUUGAUGGAAUAUAAACCAAACUGCAGUUCCUAACAAAUGUAUAACUGGGAUGUUAGUCAGUUGCAAACUUAGAGGAUUCCAUAUAAUAUACUAUGCUACUUACAUGCUC